GUCUUAGAGUCAAAACACAUUCCAGUCAACAAACAGCCUUUCCUGAAGCUCGUGUGCUCUGAACAGUUGAACUCUUACAACCUCCAAUGUUCCGAAACAUCUUCCGCCCUACUUCCGGUGCUUCUACACGUUUUCAGAACUACCGUGCUCUUUCAUAUGUGUCAUCUCACUCUAUAUCCCCAGCAACGCUGUAUCGAUUCCAAGUACGCCCCGAGUCACAACUCUUUGACAAAAGAUUGGAUCAAGACGAUUGGGAAUGGGAAGACGGUAUCGAAGUUGCUCGUGAUGGAUUAGUUUAUCCCAAAAUCAGUCCAGAUGUUUCAAAUGGGGCGCUCUUUAUGCCAAAUACCCAUUUCCUGCAAGAGAUAACACGGAGGUCCUUUGAUAAUUAUCUGGAUGCAAUCGAUAAUGGCCAAGCUGAAGCUUGUCCCCUUUACUUGACCAUCUCGAAAGGCACUGCAAUUCCAAAGUCCUUAACCUUGUAUCGAGAGCGAGAUUCACGAUUUACCCUUCAACCCUCAUACCCUAUGACUUUGCAAGCUCUCAACGAGGCCCUCACCAAUUUCUAUACAAAGUCUUGCUCAUCGACGCCCCCAGAAGAUUGGUUGGAGAAGAACCCUUACCAUGAAGCAUUUUUUGAUAAUAAGGAGGAGUGGAUGGAUUGCUAGCUACAAAUAUUAACUGAUCGCCUGUUCGCCAACUGUCAUGUCAACAAUGGGUUGAAACUAAGUUACUAACUCUAGUAACUACAGGGAAGGAUGUCAUUUCGCAGAUUGAUUUCACGUCAGUCCGGUAGUAGAGCUCUAAAGUGAAAAUGAGCGAUGAUAGAAGUGCGUGAGUCGUUCCUUUUAAUUAUCUUCGUCUUGUGAAAUCUUCUACGAACAGAUCCAUCAGCAUUCCCGGAGGGUUUCUACAAAUUCGAUCUUGUCCAAGAAAGCUAAAGCCCAGGAUCUGUAUCUGAAGUAGACAGGUCAUGGAUAGCUAGGAUACGUGGCGAUAAUAAUAAUAAUAAUAUAAUGUAUGGGGCAUCCAUGCUGAGAG